AGGGGGAGUCCAACAAAAAGGAUUUGGCUGCCACCAACCCAUGGGAGAGGUUCCAUCACCAAAGUCCUCUUUGGCUCUCUGGAAUGAGGCAGGGAGGUGGAAAAAUCAGCCCAGCGUGGCUAAAAUUGGGGUGCAGGUUCCUCCAGGAGCAGUUAAAUCCCAGAGGAACCAUCCCCAGUCCCAGUUUGACCAGUUUUUCUCAGCACCUCCCUCCCAGCCAUUUCCAGUGUGUCUGGAAAACCCUUCCACGGACAAGGGAGAAUCCAACAAAAAGGAUUUGGUUGCCACCAACUCAUGGGAGAGGUUUCCAUCUCCAAAGUCCUCUUUGGCUCUCUGGAAUGAGGCAGGGAGGUGGAAAAAUCAGCCCAGCGUGGCUAAAAUUGGGGUGCAGGUUCCUCCAGGAGCAGUUAAAGCUCAGAGGAACCAUUCCCAGUCCCAGUUUGACCAGUUCUUCUCAGGUUCCUCCAGGAACAUUAAAUCCCAGAGGAACCAUCCCCAGUCCCAGUUUGACCAGUUAUCCUCAGGUUCCUCCAGGAACAUUCAAACCCAGAGGAACCAUUCCCAAUCCCAGUUUGACCAGUUCUUCUCAGCACCUCCCUCCCAGCCAUUUCCAGUGUGUCUGGAAAACCCUUCCAUGGACAAGGGGGAAUCCAGCAAAAAGGAUUUGGCUGCCACCAACUCAUGGGAGAGGUUUCCAUCUCCAAAGUCCUCUUUGGCUCUCUGGAAUGAGGCAGGGAGGUGGAAAAAUCAGCCCAGUGUGGCUAAAAUUGGGGUGCAGGUUCCUCCAGGGUGUUUAAGCUCAAAGCAAGCAUCUCCAAUCCCAGUUUGACCAGUUCUUCUCAGGUUCCUCCAGGAACAUUAAAUCCCAGAGGAACCAUCUCCAGUCCCAGUUUGACCAGUUCUUCUCAGGUUCCUUCAGGAGCAGUUAAAGCUCAAAGGAAGCUUUAACUUUUUUCUUCUCAGGUUCCUCCAGGAACAUUCAAACCCAGAGGAACCAUCCCCAAUCCCAGUUUGACCAGUUCUUCUCAGGUUCCUCCAGGAACAUUAAAUCCCAGAGGAACCAUCCCCAAUCCCAGUUUNCCAGUUCUUCUCAGGUUCCUCCAGGAACAUUAAAUCCCAGAGGAACCAUCCCCAAUCCCAGUUUGACCAGUUCUUCUCAGGUUCCUCCAGGAACAGUUAAAUCCCAGAGGAACCUGUCCCCAAUCCCAGUUUGAUCAGUUCUCCUCAGGUUCCUCCAGGAAUAUUAAAUCCCAGAGGAACCAUCCCCAGUCCCAGUUUGACCAGUUCUUCUCAGCACCUCCCUCCCAGCCAUUUCCAGUGUGUCUGGAAAACCCUUCCAUGGACAAGGGAGAAUCCAGCAAAAAGGAUUUGGCUGCCACCAACUCAUGGGAGAGGUUUCCAUCACCAAAGUCCUCUUUGGCUCUCUGGAAUGAGGCAGGGAGGUGGAAAAAUCAGCCCAG